AUGACACUGCUCAUACAACCAAGGACACUAGCUCCUGCCGCGGUGAGGAGGCUUUGCUGUGGCUUCCAGCGAUACGGCUCUUCGAGUUGCCGCAGCUUUAGCUUCACGGCGCGCAGAUGGCAGGACCCUCGAUUGAGCGACCUGGGACGCGUGAUAGUAGAUGAGUAUUCUGUAAUACGAGACAACUACCAAACACCGGUACGCAUCCUUCCAUUACAAGCCGCCAGCAACGGGCUGACUGAACAGAAAUAUGCGAUCGUCCUAGCUCAUGGGCUUCUCGGUUUCGAUGAGCUCCGCCUGGCUGGCUCCGCCGUGCCUGGGAUACAGUACUGGCGCGGCAUUAGGGAAGCGCUCGCUGCCAAGGGCAUUGAGGUGAUAAUAGCAGCGGUCCCACCCUCGGGUUCCAUCGAAGCAAGAGCGGCGAGGCUUGGAAAGAGCAUUGCGGAGAAGGCGCACGGGAAGAGCGUCAACAUAAUAGCAGGGCUUGAUUCCCGAUACAUGCUAUCAAAGCUGAAACCGCCUAAUGUUGACGUUAAAUCCUUGACUACGAUCGCGACUCCGCAUCGGGGUUCAGCUUUUGCGGACUACAUGAUCGACCAGAUUGGACCGGUCAAUCUCCCAAGAAUCUACAAGGUUCUCGAGUUCUUCGGCUUUGAAACCGCUGCGUUUUCGCAGUUGACACGGAAAUAUAUGCAGUCGGUGUUCAACUGGAACACUCCAGACAGAGAAGGAAUCAAGUACUACUCCUAUGGGGCGUGUCUUGAGCCAACGUACUGGUCGGUUUUCCGGCCGUCUCAUAGUAUCAUCAGAGAGUUGGAGGGGGCCGAGAACGACGGUCUCGUAAGUGUCCCUAGCAGCAGGUGGGGUGAGUAUAAGGGCACGCUGCAGGGGGUUAGCCAUCUGGAUCUCAUCAAUUGGACAUCGAAAGUGAAGUGGUGGUUCUGGUCGUUGACAGGCACUAAGCCAAACUUCAAUGGGGUAGCUUUCUAUCUUGACAUUGCCGAUAUGCUUGCGAAGGAGGGUCUUUAG